AUGGCUGAUGCCAAAAAGCCAAUUCUAUUCUGGACGUUGCAAGAACCAGAUGAUCCAGCGUGCGACCCAAGUAAUCCAAAGGAACUUACUUAUCAACAAAUCUCUAUCGCUCAUCAUAAACUCAAGAUAAGUCCCAUGUUGGUAGUCAUAUAUCAGCAAGUGAACGAAUUCUUUCAAGGAGGUGUGAUACGUACGGACUGCCGAUAUUCUCGCCACCUUUCGAAAAUGACUGGUUGUGAAGUUUACUUGAAAAUGGAAACACUUACCCAUUUUGACGCUUCUGCAUUUGGAGUGAAAAUCAGAUGGGUCUUCGCAGCAUCGGCAGGCAACCAUGCUCAAGCAAUAGCGAUUCAUGGGAAACGACUCGGCAUCAAGGCUAACGUUGUGAUGCCUCGACAUGCACCACUUAUGAAAAUCUCAAAAUGCAAAGAACUCGGCGCAAAUGUCAUCAUUGAGGGAAAAGACAUUUCUGUGUCUAAACAACUGGCUUUGAAGCUUGCUAGGGAAAGUGGAGGAAAAUACAUUAAUGGAUAUGACAUGAUAGAAGUACUAGCUGGAGCUGGCACAGUUGCUGUCGAGAUUUUUGACCAGGUUGGCGAUGUCGAUGCGAUACUGGCUCCUGUAGGUGGAGGUGGAUUGUUGGCUGGCUGUUGUGUAGCCGCUAAAGCACUGUCUCCGAACACCAAAGUGAUUGGGCUGGUACCCGAAACUGUUCCAUCUUUUAUUAAAGCACUUGAAGCUGGUAAGCCUGUUUACACAGGGAGCAAUCCGACACUAGCCGACGGUUUGGCUGUACCUGUUGUUGGCUACAAUUCAUUCCAUACUGUGAAAAAUAUAGUCCACAAGGUGAUUCCCGUGAAGGAGACCGACAUCGCUGUUGGGAUACUACGGCUACUCGAAACAGAAAAGGCACUCAAUGAUCAGGUUGUUGCCGAGGGUGCUGGUGCUAUUGGUCCUGCUGCAUUACUUGCUGGAAGCCUUCCAGAAUUAGCUGGAAAAAAGAUUGUUUGUAUUGUAAGCGGUGGAAAUAUUGACUCGACAAUGGUUGGCAGAUGUAUCGAGAAAGGUUUAGCCGUUGAUCAUCGUCUAGUCCGUUUCGAAGUGCUUAUCUCGGAUAGGCCGGGUGGUGUGGCCGAGAUGAGUUCGAUUAUAGCUGGUUGCGGGGCCAGUAUCAAGGAUAUGGCUAUGGAACGAGCAUUCCACCGAAGUGAUGCGUUUACUGUAGCCGUCAGAGUAGUUGCGGAAACUCGCGACAGAGAACAUGCUCACGAGCUCCAUGACAAGUUGAAAAAGAGGUGA